CUGAGGAAAUGAGCAUUAGGCUUCAUUUAUUCUUGUGGGAGAAGUGGCAGAAAUCCGACGGGAUGUCGGCAUCCGCCUCGCUGCUUCGUGGUCUCUACGCCGUCCGAAGCGAACUGGGAGGAAGAGGACGACAACGGGGUGUGCCAACUGCUGUAUCUUUUACUUCCACUGCGCGCUUCCCGUUCCUGCUCCAUCGGCGACGAAGCCCCUCCUUCUCCCGGCCUCUUUCUUCCGCCCCGGCCGAUGGGGCAGUCGCCUCGGAGAGAGACGUCGCUGACGCCGGUAUGGACGCUGUCCAGAGGCGCCUGAUGUUCGAGGACGAGUGCAUUUUGGUAGAUGAACAUGACAAUGUUGUCGGGCAUGACUCCAAGUACAAUUGUCACCUGAUGGAAAAGAUAGAAUCUGAGAAUCUGCUUCAUAGGGCUUUUAGUGUUUUCCUGUUCAACUCAAAUUUUGAGUUGUUACUUCAGCAACGGUCUGCAACAAAGGUUACUUUUCCUUUGGUCUGGACUAAUGCCUGUUGCAGUCAUCCUCUCUAUCGUGAAUCCGAGCUUAUAGAAGAAAAUUUCCUUGGAGUGAGGAACGCUGCACAGAGGAAACUUUUCGAUGAACUAGGCAUACCAGCAGAAGAUAUACCUGUGGACCAAAUUGUUUCACUUGGCCGAAUACUUUACAAGGCCCCAUCUGAUGGAAAAUGGGGUGAACACGAGCUUGACUAUCUCCUCUUCAUUGUUCGUGAUGUAAACUUGAAUCCCAACCCUGAUGAAGUUGCUGGUGUUAAAUAUGUCAAUCGGGAUCAAUUGAGAGAAUUGGUGAGAAAAGCCGAUGCUGGUGAAGAUGGUAUAAAGCUGUCCCCCUGGUUCAGAUUGGUAGUGAAUAACUUCCUGUUCAAAUGGUGGGACCAUGUCGAAAGGGGCACACUUCAAGAGGCUACUGAUAUGAAAACCAUUCAUAAAUUGACCUAAAUGAAGUCCAGGUGCUCUACAAAUUUCUUACUCGACUUCUAGUUAUAUAUACUUAAGUGCAUAAAGUAUAAAUUUCCUGUUGGAGGCUAUAAAUAAUGUUGCCUGUUGCAACAAUAUUUAGUCUUUUUAUUACCAUCCUUUGAGCCCUAUCCAGCUCUAUUACUAAUAUACAUGAGAAAAAUACAGCUUUUAUCUA